AUGGAAAACAAAACAUACUUUUUUCGUGAAUAUGAAGAAGUUGAAAAAAGAAUAGAAAUAGUUAAAAAUUAUUUAAAUAGUGAUGAUGAGAAUGAAAUAGUAAAACACUAUUUGAUCAUUUUAGAUAAUUUAAAAUAUUUAAGUAAUUGUUUAAAUAGCUAUAGAGAAAUAAAAAAUGUAUUAGAUCCUCAUUUAGCUUUAUUGGUUCAUUCAUUUUUAUUUUUUUUGAAAAACUCUUUUAAUCACUUAAAAAACAUUUGCACAUAUUUCAAUGCUAAAUUAGAAUAUGAAAAAAGAGAAAAUAAUAAUUAUGAAAAAAUUUGUGAAGAGAAAAAAAAUAUUACAACAAGCCAAAAAAUAACAUACGAUGAAAAUAUUAUAUUAUUAGAUGAUAACAAUACUAAUGAAAAAAAAGAAGUGAAUGAAAAUAAAGUAGAGGAAGAAGAAAUACUGCAUGAAAAUAAAAAAAUAAAAAUGUAUAUAAUUAUAGAAGAAAUAUAUAAAUAUUAUUACACAUUAAUUUCAGUGAGAGGAGAAAAAAAAAUUAAAACGUUAUAUCCUUGUGAGUCUUUUUAUUUAAAUAGCAUAGUCGAUCUACUUCUUAUUAUAAAAAAAGAGGAAAAUACUUUUAAUUACAUUAAUAAUUUGAAAAGUAAUAAAACUGAUGAAAAUAAUGGGUGGACUAUUUUAUAUAUCUUAAUAAUUUGGUUAUCAUUUUGCUUAUAUAUACCUUUUAAAUUAAUUAAUAUAAACACAUUUCUUUUAAAUAAUAUUGAAGAAAUAUAUUACUAUUAUAUAAAAAAAGAUGAAAAAUCAAAAGAAGCUUGUUCUGUUUUAUAUUCUCAAUUUUUAAGCAGAGAAGAUGUUUAUAAAACUAAAACUUAUUUCAACCAUUUUUUGAUUUUUUCUAAGGAAAUAAUGAUAAAAUUAAUAGAAAUUGAAACAAAAAAAAAUAAUAACUUAACAGAAGAUAUUUAUAUAAUUAAAAAUGCAAACAUUCCAUAUUAUUGCCAUACGAAAUUCUCCUAUUUAAUUUUAUAUGGGAUUUUAUUAACACAUAAAAAAAUUUUGAAAAAACUAGAUAAAAAUAUACUAAGAAAUUACACGAAUUUUUAUAAAUUUUUUUUUAUUCAAAAUCAUCACAAUCUAGAUUUUACUCAAACUUCAAAAUCAUUAAAAAUUCUAUGCUUAGGUUAUUAUGCUUUAUUAUUUUUAGAAAAAAGUGAUAACAAAGAAGAAAAAAAUAAUUAUUAUCUUAAUGAUUCAUUGGAUGCAGUAAAACAAAGCAAAAUAAGACAAAAUGAAUGUAGUAUUGAUAAAAGUAAUGAAAUAUUUACAAUAAAAAAUUCAAGCAAAGAAGAUUUCAAAUUAGAAAAUAUAAAUAAAAAUGAUACUAGCUCAAAUACAUUUUGUCAUAAUGAAUGCAAUGAAGAGAAUGAACUCUUUAAUGAAUUUCCUCUUUAUUUAAAUAUUAAUGAUGUUUUCCUUUUAUAUAAGAAAAGUACAGAAGAAAAACCCAAAGAAAAACAUAUAGAAAAAUUAGUAAAUAUAAAAGUAAACAAAAAAUAUAAAUGUGAAAAAGACAUAAUAGAAAUAUUAAAUAUUCUAUUUUUUUAUUUCAAUGAUAAUAAUAGCUACAUUAGAUGGUGUUUGUCAAAGAGCUUUGGUAAUAUUUUAAUCUACUUAAGUUCAGAUAAUAUUAAAAUUAUAUUUAAUAAAUUCAAUGAAUUAACAAAAUAUAAUGAUUGUAAUAUUCUAUGUUCUAUAAAUUAUAGUUUAUUUCAUUUUAUCUUUAAUAAGAACAAUCUAUCAAUAGAAAUUUUAAAUUUCAUUAUUCUCAAAAUUAUCCAAAGCUUAUAUACGAAUAUAGAGAAAAUUUAUUCCAGUUCCUUUGUAUUGUUAUAUAGCUUAUUUAAGUAUAAUAUACUUAUAAAAAAUUAUUAUGAACAAAACGACAAUAGUAUAAAUUUUUUUUUAUUUCAUUUAAUAUUUAUAAAAUUAAUUAUUUUAUCCUUAUUUGAAGACAACAUUAAUAUUAGAAAAUCAGCUAUGUCAUUAUUACAAUUCUUCAUAGGAAAAUUUAACUUUUUAUAUGAAAUAAAAAAUUAUUUAAAUAGUAAGAAUGAUGAUAAUAAUAGUUAUACUACUACUGUUACUACUAAUAAUAGUGACUCUCCUAUUACAACUAUGAAUAAUGUAAAACAUAGUUGCGAUAAUGUUAUACAUAAAAAUAUAAGUACACAUUAUAAUAAUCAAGAGCAAUUAUUUUUACAAAUACUUCAAUUUAUCAAUUUAUUUUUUAAUCAUUCAAACAUUAGUAAUUAUUAUGAAAAUAUAAAAAGUAGUUCAAAUUGUUCUUUGAACGAAAUUAACGAUAAUCUUAAUUGUAAUGAUGAAGAAAAAAUUAUAUUCGAAAAAAAUACAAAAUGCAUGAAUGAAAUAAAAAAAGAUAUAUUUAAUAUUAAUAUUGAUCUUUUAUCUACUUGUAAUUUCAGUGAAUUAAUAAAUUUAAAAAAAUCUAUAAUUUUAAAAGCAAAGAUUGUUUGUAAUUUUUUUUUGUAUAAAUAUCCAGUUAUAUAUCAUUUAUAUUCGAAUAAAUUAUUUCAUGAAAAUAUUAACAUAAGAAUAUUAUCAUCUGAAUCAUUAGCAAAUUUAUCGGAAGUUGAUGAAGAUUACUUUAUUAAAGUUAUUCUGCCAUUUUUAAUAAAGAAAAGUUAUGAAGAAAAUGUUUUAGUAAAACAUGGUUCUAUUAUAUGUAUAUCUAAAAUACUUUUAAAAUUAAAAAAAAAUAUUGAUGAAACAUUACAAAAUGAGAUAAAGAAAAUAAUUGUUUAUAGUGAAAAAAAAAGAAUAUAUAAAUACAAAAAAGGAGAAAUUUUAAGACAUUCUUUAUGUUUAUUAAUACAAAGUGUAUGUCAAUGUAAUUAUUUUAGUGUAAAAAAAAACACUUACACUUUUUUCAUGGAAGUUUUACAUAAUAACUUAUUUCAUUAUAAUGAAAUUAUACAAUUUGAAGCUUCAAAAAUAUUUUAUUACAUGCCUAUAUACAUAUUAAACAAAGGUAGCGCUAUUGAUUAUAUAUAUGAAGUGUUUUGUAAAAUUAUAAAAGAGAAAAACAAUUUUCUACAUUUAAAAGGAUAUCUUAUACUUCUAUGUUUUGUAAACGAGGAAAUUAUACCACAUAUUUAUGAUAAAACAAUUCAAAUUUUUUAUAAUAUCUUGAAAAAAAGUACAACAUAUUAUAAAAUAAAAAAAUUUUCAUUAAAUAAUAAAAUGAGCAAAAUGAAUGAUGUAAAAAUAGAAAAUUCAGAUAUUAAAAUAAAUCAUCAAAUAAAAAAUGAUAUUUGUUUUUUUAAAAAAAUAAAUUUUGACACAUAUCCCAUUGAUUUUAAUAUGAAAAUAUACUGUUUAUUAGGACUAUUUAAUAUAAUUGAUAAACUCAGAAAAAAAUGUAUAAGUGAUUUUUUAAAAGUUUAUGAUAAAUGUACAAUAAGUUUUAAAGGUCUAAUUAAAUCAAAAAAUCCUCAAAAAAUGAAAUUGAAAAAACGUCCAUAUAAUAAAAGUACAACUGCUUAUAAUGAAAGAUCAGAAUAUUCUUUAAAUGAAUAUACAGAAAAUAACGCAAAUUCAAAUAGUGAAAAUCAUAAAGAUCAGAAAACAUACAUGGAAAAUAUAGAGGAUAAACAGUUCAGUAGUGAAAGUUCUAGUGAUGAUAGUUUAAUUAAUUAUGAUGAUAAAGCUUGUAUCGCUUUAGAUUGUAAUAAAGACAUAUGUGACAAAAAUAUGGAAAAUUAUAAAAAAGAAAAUGAAUACAAGACAAAUGUAAAAUUAAAUAAUCUAAAUAAAAAAAAAAGAAGAAACACAUGCUUUUAUAUGAAAAAAAAGAUUAACUUUGUAAAAAAAAAAAUAGAUUGGAAUAUUGUGUUAGAGAAGAGUAAAAAAAAAAAUAUAGAAAUAUUCAAUUUAAAUUUAAAUAUAAAUAAAAUGAUAAAAGUAAUAAUUUUAUACUUACAAGAAUAUGUGUAUGAAAAUGAUAUUGGAGAUUCACAUGUUUAUGUUAGAGAGAUUUGUUUAGAUUUAACUGCCUUUUUAUUAACGUCCUUUCCGCUUUAUUUUUUUAAAAGAAAGUUGAAAAAAACAAAAUAUCAAAAUAUCAAAAUAAUAAAAGAAAAAAAAAGAGAGAAUAAAGAGGAUGAAUAUAUUAAUAGCAUAAAUAAUUCAUUAAGUAAAAAUUUUUUUUAUGAAUAUUUUAGCUCAGAUGAUAGUUAUGAGGAUAGUGAAAGUGAUGAUAAUAAAAAAGAUAAGGUAGAGAAAAAUAACAUAAAUUUAAAUAAAAAAGAAGAAGAAAAAAAUAACUAUGAAAAUAAUGUUUGUUUAUAUAUAUUAUUUGAAAUAAAAAAAAAAAACAUAAAUAUGCUUAUCCAAUUGUUAUUGAAGUUAUUAUGCGAAAAGAAUGUAAGAACACAUAAGAAGUGUUUAUUCAUACUAAAUUAUUUAUAUAAUUAUGCUUUUUUUAAUGAAAGAAAAGAAAAGGAAUGUUUUUCUUUUGAUAACAUUUUUAAUAAAUAUUGUCAUGACUUUUCUUAUGAAUUAUUUCUAAGAAAAAAGAUUGAUGAUAACAUAAGAAAAAGUAAAAUAAAUAUAUAUCAAUUCUUAAGUAGUUAUUCAACUAAUAUUUUUAGUGCAUUUAAAAAUAUAACUACUCAUGUAUGUGAUUAUUAUGAACCUAUAUAUUUAAAAGACAAAAAAGAUGAUACACACUGUUAUAAUUACAUGAAUUCUAAUAAUAAAAAAAGUAUAUGUGAAUUACAAAGUAAUUCUGAAAAAAAGAAAAUAAAUAAAUGCUCUUGUAAGUAUGAAGAAGAAAUUACUGAAGUAUUUUUAAAUGAAAAUUAUAAAUAUGAUGUUAUUAAGACUAUAUUUAACAAGAUUAAUAACUUCAUUUAUUUAUACAAUUAUUCUUUGAAAUAUACAAGUUUUUCUAUUUUUCACAAAAACAAAUUUAUGUCAACAAGAAAGGCAUUAAUAAAGGGAUAUAAUUCUAACUACAACGAAGAGAAUGAAAAAAAAAAGAUAAAUGACAGAAAUAAUGAAGAUCAUCAUCUAACUUUUGAUCAUAUAAAUAUUAAUAACGAUUUUAUAGAUGAAAUAAAUUUAAGCGAAAAUGAAGAAAAGAUCUCAAUAGAAGAAGAAAAAUUAAUUAAAGAUGUUCAUUUUCUAUUGGAUAAAACGAAAAAAAAUAUUAGUGUAAUAAAAUGUUUAGAAUACAAUGAAACUUAUUUAUAUAAUCAUGUAUUUUAUUUAUUGUUUUUAAAUAAAUAUAAUUAUUAUAUUAUUAAUGGAUUUUUUAAUACAUUAUGUUAUUAUUCUUCACAAAAUGAAUACGGCAAUUAUGAAUAUACUAAUUUAAUGAAAAAGGGAAAAGAAAAAUCAAUUGAAUUUUUAUUUUUAGAAUUUUUAGAUAAAUAUAAAAAUAUUUACACAUUUGGAUACAUAAGAGACAAUAUUUUAUUUUUAUAUAUACGAUAUUAUAAAAAAUAUUUUAUAAAUUAUGACUACUUUGUUAUUAAUCAAAUAUUCUAUGAAUAUAACAAAAAAAAGAUAAAUUGUUUUUACAACUACAAUAAUAAUAAUAAUAAUAAUAGAAGUAUAAAUAACGAUCAAAAUGAUAAUGGUAGCAAGAAUAUUUUGAAAAUGUUAUAUAAUAAGUAUGAUAUGAAACAUAUUGAAUUAUUAAAAGAUUUUGAUGAUACAUAUUUUUCCUUAUAUGAUUAUAAUUUGCAAAAUAUCAACUUAAAAGAAAUAAUUUUAUCUGAAAAAAAAUAUGAAAAUUAUAAUUUUUUAAAAAAUAUUUUUAAUAAUUAUAACAUAUUCUUUGAUUCAAAUAUAAUUUUUAUAAAUGAUGAAUAUGAAAAUGUUGAUAAAGACAAAAAAAAAAAAGAGAAAAAAAAAAGAAUAAAAGAAAAUAAUCAAAUUAAAAGAGAAUAUCAUGAAAAAAUAGAGCUAUUACAAUAUGUGAAUAUUUGUUUAGUUAAAAUUUUGUAUUACCUAAAUAAUUUUAAUUUAAUACAGCUAGAAAUUUUUUUAAAAAGUGUAAAUUCAUUUGUUAAAUUUUCAAUAAUAAAUAAUUUUGCCGCUUUUUGUUUUCUGAAUUUCUUUCUUUUUUAUUUGGAAAAAUAUAAUUGUUAUACACUUAUUAAAACCAUAUCUGAAUUAAUCAUAAAUAUUUUUAUGUGUCCUUAUCUUCAUUUGAACAUAAAAAAAUUUGCAGUGUUUUUAAUUUUAAAUUUAUUGUUACACAGAUAUCCUAAAAUCAGAGAAUUUACAAAUGAUUACCUCUAUACAAAUAUUAAUUUUAUUUCUCCAAAUGAAAUUAAGAACUAUUUAUUUAAUUCAUAUGAAGACUUAGAAAACAUUAUUUCUAUACUCAUAAAUACACAAUUUUCUGAUACAUUAAAUGAUGAGAAAUGUCAUAUUAGUAUAGCUGUAAAAGAAAUAGCUGAAAUUUUAAGAAUUCCUCAUUAUAUAACAUUUUCAUCAUUAUCAUCAUUGUCUAAUUCAUCUUCACUUUUGUUGUAA